ACAGUGGGAGUUGGAAAGAACCUAUGGAGGACAUCUAGUCCAACCUGCUUGCUGAAGCAGAGUCACCCAGAGCAGGUUGCUCAAGGAUCUGGAAGAGGGAAAAAAGAAGAGAGAGAGAGAGAAAGAAAGCCCUUUUAACAGGGAGCAGCUCUGCAGGAGGACACCAUUACUCCCUGAUCUUCAUGCCCCUCUACUGGCUUCAUCCUCAUUCAGGCUUGAAGGAUCUAAGGAAAUUACAGAAUUUAACAGCUUUACUUCAGAAAUCCAGCUGUCAGACACACCACCUGUCCUCUGGAGUAAAAAUAAACGUGACUGGAGCAAAACAGAUAGUCCAGCAAGAACAGAGAAACCACACUGCAGAACCUGUAGUAGAUGACUACAAGAGGAUGGGGACUCUCUUUGGUGAACUAAACAAAAGCCUAAUCAGAAUAGGCUUCACAAGGAUGUACUUUGGAGAACGCAUAGUAGAGCCUGUAAUAAUUAUUUUCUUCUGGGUUAUGCUCUGGUUCCUUGGCCUACAAGCUCUUGGACUGGUUGCUGUUCUGUGCCUUGUCAUUAUUUAUGUACAACAGUAAAAUUUUGCAGACUGUUUGGAUUAGGUAUUUCAAUACUGUCACUGUGUCAGUGGAUUUAUGUGUUUUGGUAAACAGGUGGUACGUCAAAAGCUGCAAUGCUUCAAAUUGCAUCUUGCUGAACUGCCAGUGUUUCAGAUGAGGGGGACUAAAAUUAGGCAUUUAAGCAAAGUCAGUGCAGUACUACAUCUUGGAAGGCCAGAAAAGAAGAUGUUUGUGAGGUAGUGGUGGCCAGUGUGCUGUUUUCUGCACUCUUGGGGCUUUUUGUUUCCCCUGCCUGCCUCACUGUUCUUACUUUGUAUAGUGAAAAUUUCCUCUCUGUAAGAGGACGCUUGAUGAGAGUGUCCUGUUUCUCUGUUGGGAUGGGGGCUCACAUGCUCUUUGUUCCCUGAGUCUGCAUAAUUUGGCAGUUUUUUGCUGAAAAGCUAGAUCUGCAGGAGGAGCAGGUUUGCUAACAAACCUACAAUGACAAACAUUCCUAAGGGGAGUUCAACUUCCCAGCACAAAAGCAUCUUCAGUUAGUGUAGGUUCUAGCAAGCCUUACCCCAGAAAGCAAUCCCUGGCAGCAAAUGUGUAAAUGCUUUUACACUAAUAUUAGUGACUUCACACAAAAAGCUUCAGCUGUUGCUGAGAGGGAAUCACAUUCCUCUGUUGGCCAAAUAGUCUAAUGUAGCUUUGCCUUGGUUUUGGAAAUGAACUCAGCUCCUGCUGCUGUUUUUCUUUCUCGUUGUUGUUUUUAUACUUACUUUUUUUGUCAGCCCUCCUUCUGAAGAUAAAUAUUUGUGUAAUUCAUGGACUUCUCAGGCAGUUAGAGCUGCAGUGUUGGAGAGUUGCCAUUCCAGACUUCUCUGCCUCCUUUGGGUCCUGUGUUAAGUGUCUAAGCAAACCACAUGGAUAUCAGACCAGAUCUCUUAACGCUUCCCUGACCUGCUGCAGCCUGGACCCAACAGAGCUAGGAGCUGUGCAUACGUAAGCAGUUCUCCAUGCAGGGCAAGAAAGUAGUUGGAAUCAGGUGGUUGUUUUAUUUAGUACUCUUACCUGAUUAAUUUCUAUGCUUGGCAACAGAAAUAUGUAUCUAUAAGUGCAUGUCACGGGCAACACAAAUCAGAGAAGAGAUUAUCCAGGAGGAGGUACAAAGUUCACUCUGGCUCCACAGGAUGUGUACCUGGAGCAUGUUGAAUAUUUCCAAGUUAAAUGUGCUCAUUUAAGGAAAAACAGUAAAUUGAGACAGAACCUUUACUGAAUGGGUUGCCAAUUUAAUAUUUGCUCUGUAUUACUUUAGUAAGAAAAGCAAUUGCAAAAUUGCCUUCAUCUAUGGCAGAGUGAAAGUCAAUAUUUACUUAAAGAAAUGUAAUAGAAGAUGUGAAAUUCAUAGAAAACUACUGAACCUUUUGCAGUGACUCUUUUGAUAUACAUUUUUAUGCUAGCAGAGAGCAAAAGUAAAUGAAUUGAAAAUGCUGUCUUACUCAGAGACAUCUGGAGCUAAGGGAACCAUAGUCCCUGCCCUGCAACUAGAUUCUCAAGGCUGAGUCCGUAAAGACUUUCCUAUUAAUGGAGUAGUUGUUGCUUAGGGCAGCAAACAUGCAAGCCCAAGGCCUUUCACAGCUUUAUGUGCCUACAUGUCAUCUGUAGACCUGUCUCUGUGCUUUUAUAAUGAAUGCAAAGUUACCUUCUGAGGAGCCAGGUCCUCUCUCUUGACAUUCAGAUUGACCUUGAGUGUGGAUCUGAGAGGCUCUGUUGGACCAGCAGGACUGCAAGGCCACAGGACUGGGGCCCAGUUGCGUGUUUAGAUGGCAAGCUGCAUUGGUUGUCACCUACUAGAAUAGUUGUGGUGGAGGCAGGGAAGCAUUUGAUAACAGGUGUUUGUAGAUGGAAAGAAGUCCCAAAACAAAAAGCAAGUGCAGGCUGAACUCAGAAGCAGGAGCCCUGUACUCACAAGUGCCUAAGGGUAAACUUUGGUUUUGUUUCAAGUCCUUUCGAAAGCAGAACAUCUGUUUAUACCUUUGUAUGUUUGUAUAGAUACAAUGGUGGAUCUCUCUGUAUUCUUCCUCUGUGUAAGGGCUGUACUACAAAAGCACCCUGUCAUUAGACAAAAAAACCCACAACCUUUCUCCCACCAUCAAGGUACUGUUCAGUGGGUCUUGUCCCCUAGGAGGAAGUGUUCCUGUUCUGUCCUUAGUGCAGUAGCACUCUUGUGUAAAGACACGGUGCUGUGAGAUGGCAUGCAGGUUAUUUCCCUGAAGUGGUGAUUUUGCUCUGUACAUGAGUAAUGGGGACCACUGGACCCAAGGGUGUGAGUGCCAAGUUUAAUGAGGGCAUGGUUUAUUUGCAUGCAGCCCUGUAAUAUGUGCACAGCUGUGACUGUGUCACUGAUGGAAGUCAUCUCAGUUGUUCUUUCACUGUCUGUGUUUGUAUCCAUGUGCUCUGGGGAAAGGUAGCUCUUGGACAGUGUGUGUUUUCUAUGGUUUCCCUUGAGAAUAACUUUCAUUUCUUGCUCUUCAUAGAAGUGUUUAAUUUUUAAACACUUGGAAAAAAAAUUAGCCCUCCUAUUGGUAUUGACUGAAAAUGAGGAGGAAAAAAAGAGAAAGAAACAUGUAUUGCAUGAAAGACACCCUUGUCUGUUUGAUUUCAUACAUUCCAUUGUAUAUAACAAUUUGCACCAAGUCACCUGUCCUGAUUUUGUGCUCUUGCUCUGUCAGUUGCAGGAAAGAGGAGUUAAGGCCAAAAAAAAGGGACUGAGAUAAAAUCAGCUGUAAAGAGCAGAAAAUGGAAUGCAGUGAAAUGAUGCAUAAGUGUCAAAAGAUAUCUGAUCUUACCUGUGUGCCAAACAUGAGAGGGCAGUGGGCAAAGAGUCCUUGCAUUGUGGUGUUUUUCCAUCCAGAUGUAGUUCCAAGGGUUCAAAGGAUGUCUCUAGCUAAAAAAGAAGACUGAUUUAAAUAAAAAGGACAAUUUCACUGUUGUCUGUAUAGUAAAAAUAGAUGAUGCAUGUAUGAUUAUUAUUCUGAAAGCAGAUUUAGGUAUUGGAUGAAGGAAUUCUGUCCCUUACACCUAACAACACGAUGUAGUUCCUGUUGGUCAGCGUAAUGCAUUGAAAGCUUUUUACCUAACCUCUGUUUUUUAAAGGAUGGACACUUCAGUGCUGUUUCACACCCACCAAAUACAUAAAUGUUUGAACUGUUGUGCACAGAGAAGAAACUCUACAUGUAGGAGACUCUUGGAUAGCCUUGUUUACACUGAAACAUCAGCACACCAGAACUGUCCAUAUCAAAAGGAGAAACCACAUGUCUUAAAACCUCUGUCUGAAAUGAAUCCUAUGGAAAGCACUUUGCUAUUCUUUCUAAUAAAGAGUAUUGCCAUCA